ACAUCGUUUGAAACCUAGGUCGCCCUUUCUCUCUUGUAUCUGUUGAAACAUGGGCAGCAAAAUAUUCUUCUGCUUACCUGUGCGGCGCAACUUUCGCCAUUUUUGCUUUAAUUUCUCAAUUCUUGCAGAGGGUAAUGUUAGCAACAGCAAUGCCCCUUCACAAAAUCUCUUCCUGCACUUCGUCACCACCAGAUUUAACAUGUCUUCAGCCGACGCCGCAAAAAUGUUGAAAAUGAUGCCCUCGUUGGGACGGCUCAAAACCCUGGAUAAUGUUGAACAGCUCGCGUACAUGCUCAACAGACACGGCUGCGCCGAAGAUCAAAUUGCAAAAAUUAUCAGAACUCAGCCAUCGCUAAUGAGGGUAAGUGCGGAAAGAUUGCUGGAGCCCAAGAUUCAAUUGCUAAAAGAUUUGGGCGCGGAGAGGGAAAAUAUACCCAAAAUUGUAACCAUGUCCCCGAAUAUCUUGGGCUCUAAGCUGGAAACCCUCCGCACCAAUCUUGAAUUUCUCAAGACUAUAUCCCCGACCAAUGAUUUUCUGGUCAGAGCAAUUAUGAGAAACCCCAAGAUUCUUUGCUCGAGCUUGCAGAAGGUCUUGAAACCCUCAGUUGCCUUUUGGGAGGGUUUAGGUUUUUGUGGAAUAGAGCUCAUAAAGUUUUUGUUGUUUAAUCCUAGGGUUUUGACGCUCAGUUCUCUGACGCACGAGCAACUUGAUCUCAUUCGCAAGAUUGGCAUUCAAAAGGAAAGCAAAAUGUACAAAUACGUUGUGAGCAUUGUGGCCAGAAGCCGCAUCGAUGUGUUAAAGGCCAAGAUAGACAAUCUUCAGCUUUGCGGCCUCUCGCCUGAAGAAGCCUGGGAAUUAGUUAGGGCUGACUCUUCAGUACUCACAAAGUCGGAAGAAAGCGUUAAGAAAAAGAUGGACUUUAUGCUCAAUCACAUGGGACUCUCCGUAGAGUUUGUGGCAAAGCAUCCACGCAUGUUUUCAAUGAGUUUGGACAAGGUAAUGAGGCCCAGGUUUUUGGUUUUGCAAAGUAUGACAGCAAUGAAUGGAACAGAGGAGGUUCAUCCGAGUCGGCUUUAUACUGUGCUGAUGAUGAACGAGGCCAAGUUUGUCGCCCAGAUCAUAGAAAGGCACCUUGAAUCUGCUGCCCUGUGGACUGUUUAUAAAAAUGCUAUUGCUAAUGUCUCAGAAAGCUCCAAGAUAAAAAGGUUUUCAGUUUCUUAGCAUUUGGUGUUUUUUGAUUUGUUUAAGCCCAUGAAAGUUGAGUAACCCUAAUGAUAUUGGCUAAUGGGCAUAUGAAAUGGUUGGUCCUGACCCUGUUUUCCGUGAGAACAUGUGGAACGCACAAACUCCUGCCCAUGAGUUGGGAUUGUAAUAGUUUUUCGAUGAAGAUAUGGUUAUAAAUUGUUAGAAUUUAAU